AUGUUCCCGGCAUCGUGUCUCAUCGCCUGUCCAGUGGUUUGUUGUGCCAUCUACAACGGCGCAGAUGGCUACUUCCCAGUUCAACAGGGGAAAUAUGUGAAGGAGGUGAAGGAGGUGAAGGAGGUGAAGGAGGUGAAGGAGGUGAAGGAGGUGAAAGAGGUGAAAGAGGUGAAAGAGGUGAAAGAGGUGAAAGAGGUGAAAGAGGUGAAAGAGGUGAACACCGAAUUGGAGACUCAGAGGUAUGAAGGCAAUGUUCACAUCAUAACAAACACCGCAAACCUGCUCAUCGAGCAAGUUCAAGAGGAGAUGCUUACUUUCAACUUGAAUCUGAUUUGUUUUGAUAUUCACAUACAUAUCCCAUCACGUACUAUCUCCACACUACAUCCUACCGCACCACAGAAAUCAAUUCAAAUGAGAAAAAUCUAUUCAUUCUGA